AGGUAAAUGCUGAAUUAUUUCAGUUCACAGUUUGACGUGCUUCCUCAUUACCAAACAGAAAAGAAACUGAAACAAGCUCACCUCACACAGCAUGAGAACUCUGCGUCACACCACAAGUGAACUGUCUCUGACAUUCAGAUGUCCCAGCAGUUCGUAGAUCCAGAGGAGACACAUCGAGGAGAUACUCUUACUCACACAGAGUUUCCAUUUAUCAUAAAGCACAAUGUCAGAGAGCGAAGGACUUCUGCGCAUCCGCAGCCCUCUUCAACCUCCAGCAGCAAUAUUAGUAUGUGCCCAGGUGAUCAUGGCGGUCAUGCCCUUCGCUCAGUUGGUCAUAGGAGCAGUGUACCAACAUGACUGUCCGAGGCAGCCCUACAUCCCCGUCUACCUGUUGGUGAUGGGCAUCGUCUCCCUGCUUCUGACCAUGCUCUCCAUCCUGCCCUGCUGUGCCAACUUUGGAAAUCAAAGCAAGGCCUGGAGCUGCCUUGUCUUUCUCUUCUUCCUCUGCUGGUUCAUCGCUGGUAAUGUGUGGAUUUAUUCCAUCUAUGAACCCAGCUAUAACAAGACGAUUUCCAGCCUGGACACCUACUGCAACAAGACGCUCUACCUGUUUGCCUUCUGGACCACAAACCUCUUCUACCUCCUGUUGGGUUUCAUCAUUUUCUGCAGCUGUUGCUCAUGUCUCCUGUGUGGCAACGAAUAA